GUUCAAGCAGAUCGGUCAACUAUUGGUCUGGUAAGGGCAAGCGAGUGCGAUCGUGUGCAUACCCAACGAUGCAUUUAUUCAGUUAGAAUCUCAUCCGGCGCAGGGUUGGGUCGAUUUUGUGACACGUUGUAAGCGCAGGGACGAUGUAAAUCUAUGUGAGGGAUGUAAACGACGUGUAGAUUGAGCUGCAGAACAUCAAAUCCGUCGUGUAGUGAGUGAUUGACGGGCGUUUUUAACGGGCUAGGGAUUCGUGACGUCAGCGGGGUGAUUUUAUCCGAAUCUUAUCGACUGCAUCUUAUCUACGCCCUCCCGGCGUCUGGAAGGGUCGUCAUAAAUUCGUCAUCAUUACCAUAUGGGUGCGCCCAGAUAAAGUCGUGCCGGAAACGAAGGGCAAAUCAGGUACGCGCAAACGAGCCUAGGGCAGCUGAUAAGUAGUGGCGGAAGACCGAAAACAAAGCCAACCAUCGAGGUACAGGAGGGAUUCCGGCUGACAGAGCGUGCUUGACAGUUUUCCAUCCAAGUUGCCUUCGGUUUUGGGAAAGACAGUUUAGGAAGUGAAUGCAAGUGCAGCAGUUCAAUUACGUGUGCAUCCGAGUGCUCGUGGUGGUGUGAAAUCAAUCCCUUUUUGUAAAACGACCAUGGAUAACUGGAAAUGUAAAGCGUGCGGUUGCUUUCCCAACGGGGAAGUGUUCCAGUGUGCCGCCAAGGAUCAUAUCUGGUGCAUUUCCUGCUGGCAGGCAAGGGACAAGGUGCUUUGUGUGUGUGGUGCCAAGAUGCUGAAGGAGAGGAAGGCAAACCCGAUCGAGGGUUUGCUGGACUCGGCGAUGACAUGUUGCCGCUAUGCGGCCAACGGAUGCACCUGGAUGUUCCCUCCGUCCAAGAUGGCUGCACACGUCGGCGAAUGUCGCUACCGGCCGUACGGAUGCAUCGCUGAUGGCCUCAACGUUAUUAAGUGUGAAUGGCACGGGCUUCAGAAGGACAUCGAGGAUCACCUGAAAAAGGAACACCGGAACCUGGGUAACGUGUUUCGAUUCCGCGAGGUCACGUCGCUGGUGUUCAAGGAGCAAGUCUCGCUGGGCGGUCUCAAGUUGAUCGAUGCGUUCAGCAAAACAUUCCUGCUGCACUUCUUCUCGAACGCUGACAGCAAGAAGCUGUUCUUUCUGCUGGUUUACUUCGGGCGCCAUGAAGAAGCCAGCCAGUACUGUUUCGAGCUGGAUAUACGGGCGGGACCGUUCUCCUUGCAGCCUGCGAAGGAAACGUCCGAGCGAUCGGAGGAAGCUUCCGGUGACACAUCCUCGAGUGGGUUUUUGCCCAGCGUUCGAUUUGUGGAGCGAUGCUACUGCGACGCGGAAAAUCUGACCGAACUGCUGGACCAGGAACGGUGCGUUAUGUUAACGCACCAGCAGGUGAAGAAGUACCUCCACAAGGACAAGUUGUACUUCUCGUUCAAGGUCCGUAAGGCAGAUGGAGGCAAUCGUGAUAGAAAGACAUCGAAAACGGGCUCCGUUGAAGAAGCUCCCGUGGUUAAAUCAGCUCAGACGAACGCUAAACCACGACCGGCACCAUUUGUGUUUCCUAAAAAGGGAAAAGCUGAAACAAACACAAAACGGUCGCCUACCAGCUCCAACAGUAGUUCGGGUUCCAGCGCCAACAACAGUUCGAGUUCCAGCUCCAGAAGCUCGUCGUCCUCAACAUCCAGCUCUUCUUCUAGUAGCUCCUCGAACAAGAACAUCUCUAAUCAACCAUCUCGCUCGCCUUCCUCCGCAUCGACGGUGGCACUAGGCAUGAGUUACGUCGGUAACAGGGGAUCGGAAUCACCUCAAGUAAUCCACUCGCUAUCGUCCAUCAAUAGUAUGACGGGAUGCCAUACGACUAUCGCUAAACCGGAACAUAGCCCUUUGAUGACGCCCUCCAUUAAUAAGCACGAUAUGGCAAUCAAUUGGCCGGCAUCCCAUACCACAGUAAGCGGUUUCUCCUACCACACCAGCAUCGAGUACCUACGGCAGGGUUCGUUCCGGUCGCAGCAGUGCUACCCUCCAGCGGAAUGCACGACCACUGCUUCCGUUUGCCAGAAGUACACGCAACCGUACAAAGCGAACGACGAUAGGAUGUUUCUGCUGAAGCAUCCUACGAACUGUCUGUACAAACCACAACCGAGGUGGAGUGCCGGUAGUAACCAUAACUGAAGCACGCGCUUGAUUAUUGUAAUAAAUUAAUCCUGAUAAUUUUUCUAAACAUGUUCAACUUUCUUUUCCAAUGUGCACUGUGAUGACAAUUGCUGGGGAAAUUAAAGAAAGACCUAAGUUUUUCAU